AUGUCUGACUGUGGCACUGCAAGUGAAGCAUCUGCAAGUGUUGUGGCAAGUGCAGCAGCUGCAAGUGUGGUGUCUGCAAGUGCUCUGCCUGAUGCUGCUAAUCAUGACUUGGCAAGCUCAGCAGCUUCCCAUCCCAUGAUCCCAGCCACUGCCGUGAUCCCGAGCAACGUGUCUGCAAGUUGUGCAGCAAUACAGGAUGCUAGCUCAGCAGCUUUGUGUCCUGUGAUCCCGAAUGAUAUGUCUGCAGCUAGUGGCCCAGCAGUUCACGAUGCUACCUCAGCAGCUUCCUGUCCCGUCAGUGAUGUGGUAAGUUCCUUGCCGAACCACGACAUAAGCUCAGCAGCUUCCUUUGCCGUGAUGCCAGCAAGUGAUGUGUGUGCAGCUGCAGUGCCAAACAAUUCGGCACCGAUGGAGGAUGCUAGCUCAACAGCUUCGCUUCCUUCUGUGAUCCCUAGAGAUGCGUCUGCAAGUGCCCCACCAAUGGACAAUGCUAGCUCAGCAGCUUCCCUUCCUGCCGUGAUCCCGAGUGACGUUUCUGCAAGUGCCCUGCCAAAGGACAAUGGUAACUCAGCAGCUUCCCUUCCUGCCGUGAUCCCUAGCGAUGUGUCUGCAAGUGCCUCAGGAAGUGACAAUGCUAGCUCAGCAGCUUCCCUUCCUGCCGUGAUCCCCAGCGAUGUGUCUGCAAGUGCCCCACCAGUGGACAAUGCUAGCUCAGCAGCUUCCUUUUCUGCUGUGAUCCCGAGUGACGUGUCUGCAAGUGCCCCGCCAAUGGACGAUGCUAGCUCAGCAGCUUCCCUUCCUGCCGAGAUCCAUAGCGAUGUGUCUGCAAGUGCCCCAGCGCUGGACAAUGGUAGCUCAGCAGCUUCCCUUCCUACUGCGUUCCCUCUUGGAAGUGAUGUGUCUGCAAGUGCUGCACCCAUUGACUAUGCUAGCUCCGUAUCGUGUGCCCCACGAAGUGACAAUGCUAGCUCAGAAGCUUCUCCUGUGGUCCCUGCAGCAAGUGCCCCAGCUUCCCUUCCAGCCUAUCAGGAUACUGUGGUGUGUCAGCCGGUAGCCCCACAUGUGAACGAAGACCCUUCAAAGCUUCAGGGUGCCACUGACACAAGUGCCUCCUUUGCAAAGCCGCCGAAGCGAAGUGGGUCCACUGUCAACGGCGACCUGUGGCCCAAGAUUGAGCGUUUGAAGGCGUUGAAGGCACAAAUUGCUGAGAAGCGUGCUGCACGGAUCCUCGCCGCCAAAGCCCAGCAGCCGGAUGCUGCACAACAGGGUGUCGAUCCUUCGGUCACGGACACCUUGCAGUACGAUGCAUCUCAAGCAGCCGAAGCCUUCUCUGCUGCCAGUGCCGAUGCCAAACUGCCCGAAGCUGUGCUCGACCGCAAGAAGCAGUUUGAAAUCGACGAAACUCGGUGCAUUGUGGGCAGACGUGGCAGAGGCCGUGGUGGUGGGAAGGCACAGCAUGUGAACAAGAAGCCUGCUGCUCGAGGUGGCAGAGGUCGUGGUCGAGGAACGGAGCCUGGCUUUCGUCGACAGGGCAAACAAGCCCCUGGUGCGAAGCGCAAGCUGGAGGCCAUCGGUGAGGAUGCCGAGGCUGCUGAGGACUCGGCUGGUGAGGACGAGGGCCCUGGCGAGAAGGCCACCCAGGCUGUCGAGAAAUCGGCUGGUGCGGACGAGGAGCAGAAAGACAGUGAGGAGGCCGCCAGCCUUGCUGCCGACGUGCGCAGGGGCAAAGGUGGCAAGGGCAAAGGCAAAAGGAAGGCAGUGGAGCCGAAAGACAACGAGGAGGACGCCAACCGUGCUGCCGCCGUGCUCAAGGGCAAACGUGGCAAGGGCAAGGGCAAAGGCAGCAAAAAGGCAGUGCAAGAGGAGCCUGGCAAAGAGGAGAAGAACGACAAUGAGGGCAAGAAGCAAGCAGCCAAGCCGCCGAUGUCUGCGUCUGCAAAGGCAAAGGCCUCGGGAAAGUCACGUCUCGAGAAGCCAAAGGCCGCGGGAAAGUCGAAUCUCGAUUCGGAGCAGAAGCCAAAGGCCGUGGGAAAGUCGAAUCUCGAUUCGGAGCAGAAGCCAAAGGCCGCGGGAAAGUCGAAUCUCGAGUCGGAGGAGAAGGUCAAACCUUUUGCUCGCAGAUGGAGACCCGAAGGAUCCCAAGCUGCGGCCGAGUGGACAGCGAUUAGAGAUGUAUAUGACAGCCGGCUUUCCCGGCAGAUUGCGAUCGAGGGCCCAGCACAGUACGCGUUCUGGGCCCGUGUCAAGCCUUUGUUCGCUGGCAAGAAGCUGGGCCCAGAGGAGCUGAUGAAAGUGGCGAUAAGCCAGGUGGACCCUUUCUUGAAGGACUUCGUCGGGCAGUGA